AUGUUCUCUUUAGUGACAGCCCACCUCCCUGGCAUAGCUCAUGUUGAUUUGAAACUGAGUGGGGAUGUAUCUCCACUUAUUAUUGGUUCUGUGAGGGGGAGUGAGUGGGAUGCUCCUCGUGUAAAGGAAGCUACAUUAUUCAUUUUGCAGGCCUAUUGUGACUCUCUUGCUAAUCAAAUGCCAGUUCAAAUGACAGUGGAGAUUUCUCCACAACACCAUUCUUUUGUUCUCGGACGCAAUAAUGAAAACUUGAAGCGUAUAAUGCAACGUACAGCGACGAAGAUAACAUUCCCAGAUAGUAAUGACCUUUCACUUCCACCUCUGAAGAAGUCGACAAUAACCAUCUCUGGUGCAAUUGAUAAUGUAUAUCUAGCAAGACAAAAUAUAGUGGGUUCUCUUCCACUGGUUCUUAUGUUUGAUCUAAUGCCAGAUCACUUUGUGGACUCGAGUGAAGUCGCACAAAUUAUGCAGACACUUGAUGUUCAUAUUAUCAUCAAGAACAAGAGAUCAGAUGGUAGACGCCCUGUUAUUAUCAAGGGAGCAGAGAAGAAUGCAGGUAACAUAUAUGAAGCAUGGCGUUUGUUGUCGCAGUUGGAAAAGGCACCACCAAAAGCAAGAAUACCUCCAAAUUACCAUAUAUCGGAAGCAGCACCACUGUAUGGGCUUAGCACAGAUCUGAACCUGAGCUGCUGGCUGGGUGGCGGCAGUGGAGGGUCAUCCCCCCUGCCCUCCCCAACUGCCACGCCUGGCCCCCAGGGACUACCCAACCCUAUCUGGAAUCAGGCCCCAGCCACCAACAGCACUUUGCCUGCGCACUUGGCUAGAUCUCAGUACAAUACAUUCAUGUUUGAUCCAAGUAAUUAUUAUGCUGCCAACUUGCUGCUUCGCACUGGUGGAAUUAAUGGAUGUAACAACAACUGUAUCUUGCCAAACUCUUCACAAGGUGUUGGUGCCAAAACUGGAUUGAAUAUCAAUGCAGUUAGCAAUGGAAUCAGUGGGUUAAAAAUAGCUUGCAAUGUCCUUGCAAGACAAAUUGUGCCAGAGUCCAUAGAAUAG